AGGGCUGGACAUGACCCCAGUAAACUGCACGCAGGCAUGUCACGCAGGGCACGGGGGUCACCUCCCUGUCCCAGAGGGGGACGGGGCCCGGAGCACCCCUGGCACCCCCAUCUAUUCCUGCCCGUCGGGCUGCACGUCCCACAGCAGGAAGUUGAGCAACCGCGUUCGAGCGGCGGGCGGCGAUUAUAGCUAUGGCUAUAGGGGAUACAGUGCCAGGAAAACUGGAACAGGAAACUGAGCCUUUCCGAAGAGGGUUUGCUCCGGGAAAGUCACCGGGGGUGACCCCGAGUCUCCGCCCCGCGGGGAGGGGUAAGGGGUCCGUGGCGGGCGCCUGUCAUGCCGGGGCCCCCGUGGGUGUGGCUUUUGUGGGGUGGGGAGGCUGUGAAACAGCUGGGCACGGACACCGACUGAGCUUUCGUUUCUCUGUGGGGCGACUUCCUUUGGCCCCGGCGGGAAGACAGCUGGACGGCCGUCUCGGGGCUGGGCCCCCGGGAGCAACUGGACUCGAGCCACGAGAGCCACGUGGCGGGACUGUCAUCCGAGUUCCAGCGUUUCCUGGCCUGCAGCGUGGCGCGUGCUUUCCUGCCUUCCGGACAGGGCUGGAGCCAAGAGCGUGCUGAGCACCAGGCACACGCCUGCUCCCGCGGUAGCCGCGGCCGCCAUGGCCGCCCUCUGGCUCGCGAUGCUGCUGACGCCGGCGUGCUGCCUGCUGCCCACCGGCCCGGAUCCAAACGCGCCGAUCAAGAACUUGCGGAUGGACCCGGAAACUAAACGGCUGACCUGGGACCUUAGUGGCAAUGUCACCAGGAUUAGUUGUACGAGAGAAUCAAGACCACCCGUGCGGGCGGUCAACAACAGCUAUUGCUUCUUUGCGUGGAGCUCCCCGUGCAAAGCCACGAACUACACGGUCACGGUGACCCACCCGCCAUUCUCCACGUGGAUCCUGUUCCCCGAGCCAGGCGACACACCCGGCGCAGCCGCGGAGAACCUGUCCUGCCGGGUGCACGACGUGGAUGUCCUGACGUGCGCGUGGGCGGCGGGCCGGGCGGCCCCCCGGGACGUGCAGUACGAGCUCUACCUGGAGGACGGGAAGACCUUGGCGCGGCACAGGUGUGCGCGCUACAACACGGACGCCCGGGGAACACACGUGGGCUGUCGCUUCGACGACAUCUCCAGAGUGUCCGGCUACCUCCAAGCCUUCCUGUUCGUGGUUACCGGCAGCAGCGGAGCCGCCCGCGUCCCCUGCACGGAGAUUUUCAAGCCGCUGUGUGAAAUCGAGAAAUUAACUCCUCCCAACAUUACCGCCGAGUGUAAUCAAACGCAUGCUUUCAUGGAGUGGAAAAUGUUAAGCCAUUUCAAUCGCGAUUUUAACUACGAACUUCAGAUACAGAAGAGCGCGGGGGCUGCAGCCAUGGAAACGGUAAACGUGAAAGAACACACCUCCUUCAUGCUCCCCAAUCCUGGCUCCUACACGGUGAGAAUCAGAGUGCGGGAGGAGUUUAACCGACUCCUGAGCGAGUGGAGUGCGCCCCGGCGCUUUGUGUGUGACCCAGAGGAGGACGCGCACACCCGUUCCUUGCGGACAUCACUGCUGGCCGUGCUGGGCGCGCUGCUGGCCCUGCUGCUGGCGCUGCUCGUCUGCAGACGGUUCUCGCUGAUGCAGAGACUCUUGCCCCCCAUCCCCCGCAUGAAGGACCCCAUCGGCGACGACUUCCCGCACGACAAGCUGAUGCCCUGGGAGGCCAGCAGAGAGGACGCGGAGGAGGACUGCGCGGUGGCGGAGGUGCAGCUCGCGAAGGAGACGUGACGCGGCCGCGGGGCCGCCUCCUCCGCAGGGCCCGCAGGCGGGGGCCAGGCGGGGGCCGCGAGGGGACUGCCGCGGAGGGGGCGACAGCGGGCCGCGCCAACGCCAUGCAGUCAGGAGGCGCCACCGGGGACAGAGAAAACUUUGGUGCUGGGGUUCCCCAAAUAAAGCGUUUUUCACACACUCC